CGGAAGUGGAGCGGCUGUCGCAGUGCGUUUGGGGCGGCGGCGGCGGUGGCAUUUGCAGGCUUCUGCGAGCGACUUGAGAUGGCGAGCGCAGCUCCUGCAGCCACAGUUCCCACCCUGGCUCCGCCUUUGGAGCAGCUCCGGCACUUGGCAGUGGAGCUGCGGUCGCUGCUGCCUCCAGUGCGGGUGGGUGAAGCCCAGGUGACCACCGAGGAGUUUAAUCGGGAGAUGUUUUGGAGACGACUCAAUGAGGCAGCUGUGAAAGUGUCAAGGGAAGCCACGACUCUGACCACAGUCUUCUCUCGACUUCCACUGCCAUCUCCACAGGAAACCCAGAGAUUCUGUGAACAGGUCUGUGCUGCCAUCAAGGCAAUUAUUGCAGUAUACUAUUCACUUCCCAAGGAUCAGGGGAUCACCCUGAGAAAGCUGGUACGGGGCGCCACUUUGGACGUCGUGGAUGGCAUGGCUCAACUCGUGGAAGUGCUUUUUGUUACUCCAGCUCAGAGCCCUGAAAACAGUGAUCUUAUCUCCUGCAACAGUGUCUGGGUUGCGUGCCAGCAGGUGACUCGGAUACCAAGAGAUAACAAAGCUGCAGCCCUUUUAAUGCUGACGAAGUGUGUGGAUUUUGUAAAGGAUGCACAUGAAGAAAUGGAGCGGGCUGUGGAAGAAUGUGACCCUUAUUGUGGCCUUGUGAAUGACACCCACCAUGAGGAGGAUGAUGUGUUGGGGUUUCCAAGCAAUCAGGACUUAUAUUGGUCAGAGGCAGAUCAAGAGCUCAUAAUCCCAUGCCUUGCACUGGUGAGAGCAUCCAAAGCCUGCCUGAAAAAAAUCCGGAUCUUAGUGGCAGAGAAUGGGAAGAAGGAUCAGGUGGCCCAGCUGGAUGACAUUGUGGAUAUUUCUGAUGAGAUCAGCCCCAGUGUAGAUGAUUUGGCUCUAAGUAUAUAUCCACCCAUGUGCCACCCAACUGUGCGAAUCAAUUCUGCGAAACUUGUAUCUGUUUUAAAGAAGGCACUUGAAAUUACAAAAGCAAGUCAUGUGACUCCUCAACCAGAAGACAGUUGGAUUCCUUUACUCAUUAAUGCCGUUGAUCAUUGCAUGAACAGAAUCAAGGAGCUCACACAGAGUGAACUUGAAUUAUGAGUUUUCAGGCUCAUUUGUACUCUCCUCUCUCACCAUCAUAGCCAGGCUCUGAUGUUUGCUUUUAAAAUGGGACUAGAAUGCUUGAUGGAUUGAAAGGAGGUUCCUGUCUAUAUUUAACAAGAGAUAAUAUUACCAAAGAUUGUUGGUUAGGCUACACGUAAUUAUUUAUAAACUAUAUGAAUGUGAUGUAUUUUUCUAUGCUAGAUACAAAAAGUAAUUGCAUGAGUUUUUGUUCCUAAACCACCUCUCAGAGAUUCCUAGGGAAGCUGCCUUAUUCCUUAUUUGCAAUAAAGUAUGUUGUCUCAUUGUUAAAGAUGUCGAUGGUCUCAGUAAAAUGCUAACCUACCAGUAAUUAAAUGAGUACUCUUCCAAAGUUUAUUCCUACCAGAAAUACAGUGGGUUGAGACUAGAACAUAGCUUUCAUUUGGGUUUAUAGUCUAAAGAUCUGAUUUUGAUCAGAAGUAUAUUUAGGACCAGCCCGUGGCUCACUUGGGAGAGUGUGGUGUUGGAAACACCAAGGCCACAGGUUUGGAUCCCUAUAUAGGGAUGGCUGGUUUGCUCACUUGGGAGAGCAUGGUGCUCACAACACCAAGUCAAGGGUUAAGAUCCCCUUACCAGUCAUCUUUUGAAAAAAAAGUAUAUUUAGAACAAAAACACUUUAAUUUAUUGAGAGAAGACUCCAAAGCCCCUACUAGUAUUUCAGCAUGUUAUAUAAUAUUAUUCUUAUCAGUAAGUCCUUCUGAAUAUUAUCCCAGUUUACUGCAUGCCUCUAAAAUAUAUUGGUAUUGAGCUUAUUUAUUAGGUUUGUUCAUCUUAUUGAACAGAUUUGUUUCCCUUAUGCAUACCUGUAUGUUGUUAUCUGUUAUAUUUUACAUAUGUCCCCAAGUGUA